AUGCCUCGGCUUUCUCAUGCUCUCCUGCGCAGAGCUUACAAUAUUUCGCCUUUAUUACCAUUAGUCCUCCGAGAAACACGCAGUCUUUCAUCUGCAAUUAAUGAAUUACGAUGGCUACGAGAAUAUGUUGAUAAAACGAUGAGCCAUCGCCAGAAAACAGAGGCAUACACAACAUACCUAGCAGAACUUCUUAUCAAAGCAAAGCGUUCAUUCCACGAAACAUCAGAAAACCAGCAGAACCCACUGAAGAUCAUUGAUUUUUGUUCCGGAACUGGUUGCAUUUCUCUUCUUUUAUACUCACUUUUGAAUAAAGUAUAUCCUAGACUCGAGAUCGUCGGUCUAGACAUCUCCAAAAAAGCGCUUGAUUUAUCAAUUCAAAAUGUUCGUUUUAAUGCUCUGAACAGAUCUGCACAACAAAGUGUUCGUUUUGAAUUUGCUGAUGUUCUCGAAGACGAGGAAAGGAUCCUGGAUAUAUUUCAAGGCGUCUGCGAUGUAAUUGUGUCCAAUCCUCCAUAUAUAUCAGAAGAUGGAUUUGACAAAGAAACGACACGAUCAGUUAGAAAUUGGGAACCAAAACUUGCACUGGUUCCUGAUGCAUCGAGGCGGGAAACCAUACACUUCAAUGGUGAUUCUGGAAAUAGCUCUCUCUUCGAAGUGGAGGAUAUCUUUUAUCAUCGAUUGUUGCGAUUUCAUUCCCUUUUAAAGUCAAAAAUUCUUGUAAUGGAAAUAGGCGACGAGGCACAGGCAAAGAGAGUGGCCCAAAUGGCAAUUGGCUUUUCAGAUAGGAUUGAAAUAUGGAGGGACUGGCCAGAUCAACGCGAGUUUGAAAACGAAAGUGCAGAAUGUAUGUUCCUUGACAAUCACAAAAUAGUAGUCAAAGGCACUGGAAUGGUUAGAGCUGUCGUCUUGCUCUCCAAUCAACAUUUUGAAUUAUAAAUAUACUGGGGUACCAUUAAUAUCAUGGUCAUCAUGCGUGGAAGGCAAUGUUUGACAGGUCACAAGAUAGUGUUGGCGGUCUAAUACCGAGACAUUCCAGAAGCAAUCUAGAAGAUCUCUGGAAUAAUGUUCUAUUGAGCGCCCCUUUUGCAUUAGCCGAGUUCCCCAAUUCAACCUUUUCAAAGCUUCCAGAAAACUAGCCAGAGCAUUCUAAGACAGCAGCUCCACGCCUAAUUCAACCGCGCAUAUUUUACGUCAAUUCUCAGCCCGGGUAAUGAAGAAUUAUGAGACUGGCUUCAAGUGGUUGCCAUCAUUUGAAAGGGAACAUGUUUGUGCUUCUUAUUACAAUAAAUUUUUCUUCUCUCU